CUCAUGUUCAGUCUAUUCUGGCUACACUUGCCACACUAGCAUAUCUAGCCAUGUCGUUGGUGCAAUCGCUUCACUUUGAGCUGAGCACUCCCGCUUCGGAGACACCCCCGAUUGUCGCCAGCGCAGUUCAAAAUGCAGAGCCGGUGUCCAGCUCGCCCGUCGAUGCUCAACCGACCGGAACUUCAGCUCCAGAGGCAGGUCACCAGGUCUUUGAGCGGGCUGCAUUGCCCGUCAUCAACAAGCCGCGCCGACUGGCGAUCACGGCGUUGAUUAUUCUGGCCAACCUGGUCCAGAUGACGGUCAACUUCUCCGGGAUCGCUGGAGGCAGCAAACUCACCGAAGCAAUGGGCGUUCAGGAAUCUUAUGCCUCCUGGAUCGGUGCCAGCUAUGCCUUAACGCAGGGCACGUUCGUCUUAAUGAGCGGUCGCCUGGGCGAUGUGCUCGGACACCGUCGACUCCUUCUCCUCGGUGGUAUCUGGCUGGCCAUCUGCACCUUGAUCAGCGCCUUCUGCAACAACUUCUUCGCCUUCGUCUGCAUGCGAGCCUUGUCGGGUGUCGGGGGCGCGGCUAUCAUGCCCAACGCCGUCGCCAUGAUCGCGACGACCAAUCCCCCCGGUCGAGUGCGCAAUCUCAGUCUGGGGCUAUUUGGUGCCUCGGCGCCCAUGGGGGGAUACUUCGGGGCGUUGUUCCUGGGCGCGUUCCUCGAGAAUACCGAGUGGAAGUGGUUUUUCGUCUUCAUCGCAUGCCUCAACGCCAUCACCUUCAUCCCCCUGUGGGCCUUAACCCCCACAGAAGUCGCCGUCGACCGACACGGCAAAAUCGACUGGAUCGGCUCCGCGCUGGGAACCGGCUCGCUCAUCAUCUUCAACUUCGUCUGGAACCAAGCCCCCAGCGUCGGCUGGCAAACACCCUACGAAAUCGCCCUGCUGAUCCUCUCCGUGCUCAUGUUCGCCGGCUUCCUGAUCUGGGAACGCAGCUUUACGCCUCACCCCAUCAUGCCGCUCGACAUCUUCAAGGCCCCCUGCUUCCUGACCCUCAUCUUCGUCGUGCUGCUAAACUACAUGGCCGUCGGCACCCUCAUCUGGUACCAGGUGCUCUGGCUGCUGGAGGUCUGGAACUGGUCACCUCUCCAGUUCGCCGUCGGCUGGACCCCCUUCGUCAUCUGCGCCACGGGGGCCGCCUGUCUCGCCGCAUGGCUGAUCCCGCGCGUCGACGCGCAAUGGAUCCUCGCCAUCGGGACGAUCACGAUCCUGGUCUCCAACGUGCUCAUGGCCACGCUGCCUCUGCAGCAAACCUACUGGGCGCAGGUCUUUCCGUCUGUCGUGCUGUUCUCGUUCUGUCCGGAUCUGGUGUAUACGGCGGGGCAGAUCAUUGCGAGUAACUCUGUGCGUAGGAAUCAGCAGGGCAUUGCCGGGUCGAUUAUUGGGACCCUGAACCUGUACGGGAAUAGUCUGGGGCUGGGGUUUGCGGCGACGAUCGAGACGCAGAUUGCGAAGACGGAGGGACGGAUUAUGGGGUAUCGCGCGGCGUUGUUCUUUGGGGUGGGGAUUAGUGUGGUGGCGUUGGUGUUGGAUGUGUUGUUUGUGCGGAUGGUCCGGGAUGAGAGGGAGGGGUGGCAGGAGGAUGAGCAUUUGGUGGAUGUCGAUGGGUUGGAAGUCUCGGGGGAGGCGGGGACGACGGGGGCGCAGAUCCGGUGA